GCAGGGCGUGGGUGCGUCAACAAAAUCGCUUUAAAAAAGUUCACUUAAAAAUAACAUCACCUCCUUUGUUGUGUGUUGUGUGUACUCACUGUUUGUUCAUCAAAUAAGAUUAAAGUGUUAAAGAUUUGUCAACCAAGUGAAAGUCUUCAGCCCAUCCCAUAAUAAUCGAAGCACCCCAAAAGUUAACUAGUUUCCAUUGAAAACAAGUUGUGCAAGAGCAUUUCAAGACGAAGAAGAGCUCUUAAAAUCUCAAACUCAGAUGUGUUAAUUGCUUCCAAAUCUCAUUUAAACUUCCUUUCCCUCUUACCAGUGUAUAGUAUAAGAAAAUAUAUUCCAAUUCAAACAACGACGAUGGUCCGUCUAACUAGAAAAGAACGUCAGGACAAAGUGGAGCUACUAGCGAGCAUAAACAAAGUUAACAUUAAUGAUGACAACGAAGCUACAGACAACGAUGGAUACAAACAUUGCGCAGAUUAUGGUUCGGAUUUCUCGGAGACGGACGAAAUAUUUUUGCAAGGUUUAUUGCUGAGUAAUCCUUCGACGCCGCACAAGGACAAGUUAAAUUCUAGUGAACCACAAGAAAUUGAAGUCCUUCAACCUGUAAAUCUCAAUAACAAAACUAUCAUCGACGAAAUAACCCGUAAAUAUUCCACAAACCGAGGUAGAGACGCCCGAGAACUAGCUCAAUUAGUUUCAAAACCUCACUUUAAGGCCCUGCUUAAAGCUCACGAUGAAAUAGGAGAACUCUAUCAAAAUCGAACUAAUAAAGAAGAAAAUCGAAAAGGUGGUUAUCUCUUCUCUCCCGAAAUAUUAAACAGCAAAAUGCCAGUGGAAACAAUUAAAAUGGUUGGCCUUAGGCGCAAUGUCAACCAACCUCUUGGAUUGACUGUCGAAGUCGAUGAACACCAUCAAUUGGUAGUUGCACGUAUUUUAGCCGGUGGUGUCAUAGACAAACAAGGGCUACUGCAUCACGGAGAUGUUAUACUUGAAGUAAAUGGUGUUCCAGUUCAUACUCCAGAGGAAUUGCAAAAUGAAGUUUCACGAGCCAAGGAGAAUCUUACAAUGAAAGUGGGACCAAAUGUUGAGGAAGAAAUGAAAUCAGCUAGAAUGGCUAUGGCCGGUGGACAGGUAAAAAAUGGACAAAAUCUCGAACCAGGAAAGAAAUUAACGUGCUAUAUGCGAGCUCUGUUCACUUAUGUCCCAUCAGAUGAUUCACUUUUGCCAUGCAAGGAAAUUGGUCUGUCUUUUAAACAGGGAGACAUUUUACAGAUUAUAAACGUAAAAGAUCCCAACUGGUGGCAAGCCAAAAAUAUAACCGUAGGCAACGAACAAAUCGGUCUAAUUCCAUCACAAGAUCUUGAAGAACGACGAAAAGCUUUUGUAGCUCCUGAAGCAGAUUAUGUGCAUAAAAUUGGAAUUUGUGGAACACGAAUCUCAAAGCGAAAACGCAAAACAAUGUAUCGUUCGGUGGCUAAUUGUGAAUUUGAUAAAGCUGACUUAAUGUUGUACGAGGAAGUAACACGAAUGCCACCAUUCCGUAGGAAAACUUUAGUUUUAAUUGGAGUCCAAGGUGUUGGUCGUCGUACAUUGAAAAAUCGCCUGGUCAAUAGUGAUCUUGAUCGUUUCGGUGCCGUUAUACCUCAUACAUCACGUCCAAAACGAGCACUUGAAGAAAAUGGUCGUACAUAUUGGUUCCUCGAUCGUGAAGAAAUGGAAGAUGAAAUCAAACAAAAUAAUUUCUUAGAAUAUGGAGAACAUAAUGGAAAUUUAUAUGGAACUCAUUUGCAAUCUAUACGAGAUGUUAUUAAACAAGGAAAAAUGUGUGUUCUUGAUUGUGCACCAAAUGCCCUUAAAAUUCUACACAACAGUCAAGAGUUGAUGCCAUUUGUUAUAUUUAUAGCCGCUCCAGGAAUGGAACAAUUAAAACAAAUCUAUAAUGAACGUAGGGCUACAGGUUCAAAUAAGAAUUUAACUUUCGAUCGUCAAAGUUCCAUUCGAUACAGCUCACGACGAGCUCGAACAUUAGAAUCACUAGCAUCACUUUAUGAAGAUGACGAUCUUGUGGCAACAGUAGAAGAAAGCUCAUUUGUUCAGCGAAAAUACGAAAAGUAUUUCGAUAUGGUUAUUGUAAAUGAAGAUUUCGAUGAGACCUUCAGGCAAGUGGUAGAGACUCUUGAUCAAAUGAGUCAUGAACACCAAUGGGUACCAGUUAACUGGAUUUACUAAAUAAAAAACUUUAAUUUUCUCUCGAUACAAACAACAAACAAACAAAAAAAAAUCAACAAAAUCAUCAACGGCAGCGGAAUACUAUUACACAAGUGUCUUAUUUUAUUUAGUUAAAAUCUACAAAACAAAUCAAAGCUCGUAAUAUUAAUUAAAUUACUAUACACAUAUAAUUAUUAUAAUAAUAUAUUUAAAAAAAAUAACUCAUUUUUUUACAAAUUUCAUUUUAUUAGACAAAGUCUUUUGUUAUAGUUAUUCUAAUUAUUAUAUUGAUUGUUUCGAUUUUGAAAAUUAUACAUAGUUGCAUUUAUGUGUUCUUCUUUUUUGUUUAAAUAUUUUUUAAAAGUAUUUUUUAUACAAUAAAAAUAAUUAUAAUUAUCUAAAUGUAUAUGAGAAAUAAAAUGUCAUAUAUAAAAGUACAAUUUAAUGUACAUAUUAAAUAUGUAUUAAAACCAAUAUAUUAAUUGUUGAUAGUUUUUAAUUAAAAAAAUAUUAAGUAUUGUUUUUCUUUAUUAUUAUUUUUGUUUGUAUACUUUUAUUAAUUGUAUGCUUGUAAUUUCCGUCCUGAUUAUUAUUUUAUUUUUAUUUUUGUAUUUUUUAUAAAUUUAAUUUUGAAAGAAGAAUAGAAAAACAUAUUUAAUUAAUUAAGAUUGAUAACUGAGGAAAUGAUGAAGAAGAAGACGUUUUUAAAUGUCUAAUAAAUUCAAUGGAAUCUCUUUUAAUAAAUUAUUCUGCAUAAAGAAAAAGAAUCCUGCCCAAAAUGAAACUAUUGCAAAUGUGGAAUAGUUAUUUUAACAAAAAAGAAAACGAAGAUUUAAAUAAAACAUUUUAUUAUUUUAAGCUCAAACUAUUUUCGCUUGAAAAAUGUUAAUAAA